CAAUGGAACUACCCGUGCAUCCGCUUAGUCAGGAUCCCACUGCUGCUUGGCGGGACAUCAGCAAAACGCAGCGAGUGAUCAAGGUAACCAUGAAACCACCAACCACUACAGUGGCGCCGAACAAAGCUCGUGUUGUCUGCAUGUCCGACACCCACUCCCUCACACCAUACAUCAAGUUUGACAUCCCGGACGGCGAUAUUUUCAUCCAUGCCGGGGACUUUACCAAGUGCGGGCAAUUGGAGGAGGUGGAGGAGUUCAACACCUGGAUAGGAGCUCUGCCACAUCGGCACAAGAUCGUGAUUGCCGGCAAUCAUGAGCUUAGCUUUGAUCGAACCUUUACCCAUCCUUUCCAGAAGAGUCAGGGAAAGGCAACGAGCAGCAAGCACACCGGCAUGUCCAUUCUGGACGAUUUGCCCACUCUGGGCAAUGCCAAGGAGAACCUGGAGAGUGCUGUGCAAACCCAAAAUGUUCGCCAGGUUUUGACCAACUGCACCUAUUUGGAGGACGAACUUUUAGAGAUUUGGGGCAUUCGCAUCUAUGGAUCGCCCUGGCAGCCAGAGUUCUGUCGUUGGGCCUUCAAUGUGCCACGUGGGGCUGCCUGCUUGGAGAAAUGGAACCAGGUUCCCGAAGGCGUUGAUAUCCUGGUAACCCACACGCCACCCGUUGGUCACGGAGACCUCUGUUGUUCUGGAGUGCGCGCUGGGUGCGUAGAGCUGCUCAGCACCGUGCAACAACGAGUGCGACCCAAGUACCACGUUUUCGGACACGUCCACGAGGGCUACGGCAUCACCAGCGAUGGCAGGAUCAUCUUCGUGAACGCCUCCACGUGCGACAUCAAUUACCUACCCAAUAAUGCGCCGAUUGUGUUUGAUGUGACGCUCCCGCCCGGAUUUAGCAAGGACUAGUCUCAGUCUGGGACUAUGGAGGAUGAUAUUUAUGAAUGCAUUUGUUGCAGGUUCAAUGAAUUUAAUUUAAUCCCACUGCAAA